AUGGGUUUUACCUCGGUGCUUUUGUCCAUUUUCACUACUAUAAAUGCCAUUCUUCUUCUUCUUCUUCUUCUUCUCUGGUGCAGCAGCAGCUUGAGCUUGGCACAUUAUUUACAAUCAGAAGGAUCAAAUGGGACAGAUCGGUUAGCCUUGUUGGCCAUCAAGGCUCGCAUAACCAAUGAUCCCUUUCAUGUUAUGAGUUCUUGGAAUGACUCCGUCCCCUAUUGUGAGUGGUUAGGUGUUAUAUGUGGCGAUCGCCAGCAUCCAAACAGGGUCAGAGCCUUGCGUUUACAUUCCAGAGGGUUGGUGGGAUCUGUGGCUCCAGAAAUAGGAAACCUUAGUUUCCUUCAAGAGAUUUCCCUCCAAAACAACAGCUUCCAUGGUGAAAUCCCUGGUCAAGUAAGCUUUCUAUUCAGGCUUCGUUAUUUAUCUCUAAACAACAAUUCGUUUGAAGGGGAAAUCCCACCCAACAUAUCACGUUGUUCCAACCUUAUGGAACUUCGUUUAUAUUACAACAAUAUUAUAGGGAAAAUUCCAGUUGAACUUGGCACCUUGUCGAAGCUUCGACUCAUUAUAAUACAGGAGAAUAGAUUGAUUGGACAAAUCCCACCUUCCUUUGGGAAUCUUUCAUCCCUUUAUGGCAUUUCCGCACAUUCCAAUUAUUUAAGUGGAAGUAUUCCAGAUUCUCUUGGCCAAAUAACAAGAUUAACGGUUCUCGCGCUUGGUGGAAAUAAGUUGUCGGGUACUAUCCCUCCCACUAUAUAUAAUCUUUCCUCACUCGCUGUUAUAGAUGUUUCAGCAAAUCAACUUCAAGGGAGUCUUCCACCAGAUUUAGGAUUUAGUCUUCCUAACCUAUGGUUUCUUUCAAUUUCUAAAAACCAAUUUCAUGGACCAAUUCCAAUUUCUAUGUCCAAUUUGUCAAAACUUGAAAAAGUUUAUUUUGACGAAAACAAUUUUACUGGGAAAAUGACUAUUGAUUUUGGAAGCCUACCCAAACUCAUUAGGCUUGGAAUGUCCACGAAUCGUUUGGGAAAUGGAGAGGCCGAUGACCUGAAUUUUGUCAACACUUUUACCAACUGUACAAGUUUAAAAUUUUUGGAGCUUGCUGAAAAUCGGUUUGGUGGCGUGCUUCCCAACUCCAUAGCAAACUUAUCGACCCAAUUGACAGAACUCUCAAUGGAAACAAAUCAAAUAUCUGGAGAGAACCCAGUCGGGAUCGGGAACCUUGUAAGGUUGGAAUACCUGGCCCUAUCAAAUAACUCACUAGAAGGCAAUAUACCGACUUCAAUUGGGAGACUUCAAAUGCUAUAUGAACUCUAUUUAGGUGGGAACAGAUUCACAGGGCCAAUUCCUUCUCUUGGAAACUCCACACUACUGAUUGAUCUCUAUUUAGGAGAUAAUCACCUGCAAGGACAAAUACCUUCAAGUCUUGGAAAAUGCAAAUAUUUGUUACGCUUGGACCUUUCCCAAAAUAAUUUGAAUGGUAUCCUCCCCAUAGAGAUAUUUGAUCUUUCCACCUUAAUAUUGCUAAACUUGAGUAGAAAUUCUUUCUCUGGUUCUCUACCUAUGGAAGUGGGCCAACUGAUUAAUCUUGAAAUCCUAGUUGUUUCUGAGAAUAUGUUGUCUGGAGAAAUCCCUAGCACCCUUGGUUCUUGUACAAGCCUAGAGAAACUUUAUAUGGAGGGUAAUUUAUUUCAAGUAUCUAUACCAUCGUCUUUGAGUUCUCUAAGAGGCCUUCAAGAGUUAGAUCUUUCACAAAACCACCUCUCUGGUAUUAUCCCAAAAUAUUUCGAUACCUUUAUGUUUUUAAAAAACUUAAAUUUAUCAUUUAAUCAUUUGGAGGGUGAGGUAUCAACAAAUGGAGUCUUUGGGAAUUCGAGUGAAUUUUCAGUAAUUGAAAACAAUAAGCUUUGUGGUGGAAUACUAGAACUUCAUUUGCCAGCAUGCCAAAAUCAAAAGUCAAAAGAAGAUGACAGACCUCAUGUUUUCAAGUUGGUAGUCAUCAUAUGUUGUUGUGGGGGCUUUCUAAGUUUUAUUCUUAUGGCCCUUUUUUUCAUUAACUACCGGAGAAGAAAAGAAAGGAAAGAAUCCACUUCAUUUUUUAUAGAGGAUCGUCAUUUUAGGAUCUCCUAUGCCCAACUCCUUAAAGUUACCAAUGGAUUUUCUUCUACAAAUUUUAUUGGAGUGGGGAGUUUUGGUUGUGUAUACAAAGGAGUUCUCAAUCAUGGAGAAACUAUUGUUGCAGUAAAGGUCCUCAACAUUAGACAAAGAGGUGCUUCCAAGAGUUUCAUGGUUGAAUGUGAAUCCCUUAGAAAUACCAGGCAUCGUAAUCUUGUAAGAAUCUUAACAUCUUGUUCAAGUGUAGAUUUUGAAGGCAGUGAUUUUAAGGCUUUAGUGUAUGAGUUCAUGCCCAGUGGGAAUUUGGAGAACUGGUUACAUCCACAUGUAAAUGGCUUAAAUGAUGAACAAAGGCAUUUAAACUUUGUUCAAAGAUUGAAUAUUGCCAUUGACAUGGCAACAACAUUGGAUUAUCUUCACCACCAUUGUCAUACACAGAUUAUUCAUUGUGAUCUAAAGCCAAGCAAUAUUCUUCUUGAUGAUGAUUUGACUGCACAUUUGGGUGACUUCGGGAUAUCAAGAAUUCUUUCAAAAGCCACAAGUAAGUCUCAAAGUCAUACGAGCUCAAUCGAAAUAAAGGGAACUAUUGGAUACAUUGCACCAGAGAAUGGUGCACGUGUUAAUGUUACAACUCAUGGUGAUGUCUAUAGUUAUGGGAUUCUGUUGUUAGAGAUGUUCACAGGCAAGCGGCCUACUCAUGAAAUGUUCAAAGAUAACUUUAAUCUUCACAGCUGGGCUAAGAUGGCUUUGCAUGAUGGAGUGAUGGCUAUUGUUGACCCAUUACUUCUCCCUAUAGGAGAAGAUGAAGAAGAGCUAGCAACAAUUGUAACUAACAUCACUAUAAGUUGUAGAUGCAUGAAAGAUAGAGUGCAAGAGUGCCUUAAAGCAGUUAUUAGAAUUGGAAUUGCAUGCUCAGCUGAAUCACCAAAGGAUCGAAUGGAUAUAAAUGAUGUGGUCAAAGAGCUAUAUCUGAUUAGGGACAUUUAUCUUGGAGAUGGCACUCACUGUAGAAGAUGA